AAAUGGAGCAACAAUUCCCUCCAUAAAUCCCCACCCCACAACAACAACAAAGAAACAAACUAAUUAAGAGAGAGUGCAUAUCCAACCCUAGCUAGCUAGAUCCAUUAUUCCACCAAUACAAGAGAGAGUCAGAGCAAAGAAGGGAAAAUAAAAAGAGAGAUAAUAGAAAAGAUGACUGAAGAUUGUGGUGGAAACACAGUUGCAACCUCCACUACCCCAUUAAGCUGGUGGUAUCUCCAAGCAAACUCUCUUUCUACUUGGAACGAUUCUAAUAAACAUGCAUGGAAUAGCCAAAUAAACCCAAACUCUUCCUCUUCUUGUGAUGAGGAUAUAUCUGUUUCUUCUACCUCUUUCACUAAUGCCUCCAACCAUUCAAGCCUCACCGUUGAGUCAUCACGCAGGCUCGUUGAACCGCCGCAUGCACCUUCUUCCUCCAACGAGUUCAUGAGAGAACAUGCUUCAGAUAAUCAACUUUGGAGCCAUGUCCUAUCAGGUGUUGGAUCAAAUGGCGAGUUGCACAACAGCCAAGAAAUUGGAGAGAACUUUCUUGAUGCACUUUCAUCUAAAAACAUGGCUAGUGCUAUGUUUGAACCAGCAUGUGACUACUUGAAGAAACUUGACACAAGUUGGGACUAUAGUGGUUCAACUUCAUUCAACAGUUUUGAGAAGCACCUAAAUGGGUUUAGUGAGGCACUUAUUGAGAAUAAUGAAAGGUUGACCAAGCUAUCUAAUCUUGUAAGCACUUGGUCUAUUGCCCCACCAGAGCCAGAAGUUAGUAGUCAUCAGUUAGAUCCACAAACAAACAACAUGUCUUUGAAUUCUUCUAUGGAUCAUCAUCACUAUCCACAACCUUUUGGAGAUUCCUCAUCAUGCUCUAUUGAAGGAGUAAAUAGUAAAGAUUCUUCUGGAAUGUUCCCUUUCUAUGAUCAGGAGAUGAAGGUGAAGCAAGAAUAUCAUCAUGCAAGUGAAGCUGUGUUAGGGAAAUCAUUUAAUGCAAAUGGAUAUCAAAAUGGAUUGAAUAGCCUUUCAGUGGGAGAUAAUAGUGGUAAAUUUUACCAUGGUUUCCCCAAUCUUUCACCAUGCACGAGAAAUUCCUCAGAUGUUAUUUCAUUUAACAAUAGGCUAGGAAGGCCUGUUAAUGUUGGAAUCCAUGCUCAGAGGCCUAAUAUGAAAUACUCAAACUUAUCUGAAUCAAAGAAGCAGGGCCUUCAGACACCAUCACAGAUGAGAACUAAUAAUGGAAGAGGAGAGGGAACAAUACGUGAAGUAAAGAAGAAAAGAUCAGAAGAAUCAUCAGAAGCAAUCUCAAAGAAGCCUAAGCAAGACACAUCAACAGCUUCUUCUUCAAAGGUGCAGGCACCCAAAGUCAAGCUAGCGGACAAGAUCACUGCCCUUCAGCAAAUUGUGUCUCCAUUUGGAAAGACAGAUACAGCAUCAGUGCUGUUUGAAGCAAUAGGGUACAUAAAGUUUCUUCAAGAACAAGUCCAGCUACUGAGCAACCCUUACCUGAAGACAAAUUUGCAUAAGGAUCCAAGGGGAAGCUUUGAUCGAAAAGAUAAGGAGGAUGCAAAGCUAGACCUGAGGAGCAAAGGUCUAUGUUUAGUUCCAACUUCAUGUACUCCUGUAGUUUAUAGAGAAAAUACUGGACCAGAUUACUGGACUCCAGCGUACAGAGGAUGUUUGUAUAGGUGAAAAAUGUAUAUAGUAUGUGAAUGUAUGCAGAAUCUUGGAUAAAUUAAGGUCUAAUGAAUAAACUAUAUAGCAGGGUGAAAGUAACUACUUGUAAAAUAAUGAGUAAACAUGGGUUAUAUGAGUAAA